AUGAAGAUAUCAGUCCUUGGAGCUUCUGGCCAGACAGGUUUAUACUUAGUGUCUCAAGCACUGGAACAGGGACAUGAAGUAAAAGCUCUUGUGAGAGAUGUCAAUAAAAUAACAAUCCAGCAUGAAAAUCUGAAGGUGGUGGAAGCCAAUAUUUUUUCACAGGAAUCCUUAGCGGAACAUUUCCAAGGCCAGGAUGCAGUAAUGUCAUGUCUAGGAUUCCCUUAUAAAAUGUUCUCAUCUAUCAGCGAAUACACUGACUCCAUGAAAGCCAUUGUGGGAGCAAUGCGACAGACUGAAGUGAACAGAAUAGUAGUGAUGACCUCAUGGUAUACUGACACUAGCACUGCGCAGAAUUCUUCAUUUUUUGUACGCAAUUUUCUCAUACCUCUCAUAAAAAGUGUGCUCACAAACAUGUUUGAGAUGGAACAGUACCUUGAAAAAGAAUGUCCUGAUCUUAACUGGACUGUUGUAAGACCACCGGGACUUCAAAAUGUUCCAGUAACAGACAAAGAAAUAUUGACUCAUGAAGGCUACUUUGUCCCAGAUGAGAAGGGAUACCCUUGUACCAACACAGUGUCUCGAGCAGAUGUAGCAAGAUUCAUGCUCUCCACCCUUAAUGAUGAAACGUGGAGCAGAAAAAUAGUUGCAAUGUGCUGUAAAUAA